AUAAAAACCUACGAUUGACAAUAAUUGACAUCAAUCACCAACCAAGCAUUGACUAAACUACAUGAAAAUGUUCAGCAAACUUAUAACCUUCGGUAGUCUGCUAGUAGCUGCAAGUGCUAGUCCAUACGGCCAUGCUGUCUCCUCUCAGAGCAUCGUUCGGCACGACGGGGGCUACGCCCCUGUAGCACACAUCGAAGCCCCAGCACUCUACGCUGUUCCCUUAAUACACGCAGCACCUCUAGCUCAUUAUGAUGCCCCUAUUUCCUAUGAUGGACACAAUGGACAUUACAAUGGAUACGACGAACAUUAUGAUGGCUCAGAUGAAUAUGGCCACGAUCACCCUAAAUACGACUUUGAAUAUUCGGUAUCGGACCCACACACCGGUGACCACAAGUCGCAGCACGAGAGCCGCGACGGGGACGUUGUGCAUGGCUACUACUCGUUGGUGCAACCAGACGGCUCUGUGCGCAAGGUCGAGUACACCGCCGACGACCAUAACGGAUUCAACGCAAUUGUUCAUAACUCGGCGCCGUCCAUCCAUCCAGAACCUGCCUACUACGCAGCCCCCGCAGUGCACGCCGCCCCUAUUGUUCAGUAUGCCCCUAUUGAGCACUCCGCCCCAAUAUAUGCCGCUGCUCCCAUUGCCCAUGCUGAAUACUCCGGACAUGGACAUGAAGACUACUAUUCUCACCCCAAAUACCAGUACUCGUACUCCGUGGAGGACCCUCACACCGGAGAUCACAAGUCGCAGCACGAGAGCCGCGACGGUGAUGUCGUGAAGGGUGAAUACUCGCUGCUCCAACCUGAUGGCACUUUCCGCAAGGUGUCCUACUCCGCCGAUGACCACAAUGGAUUCAACGCCGUUGUACAUAACUCCGGACCUAGCCAUCACGUUUACUCUUCUCAACACCAUCAUUAUUAGAUUUGGAAAGGAUUAAGAUACAUAUAUUCCUUGACUAUUUAUUCUUACUGUGAUUUACCCUGUACAUAAUAAAUUCAUAUUUUUAUAAUGAUAGUCAUU